UGCCUUCACAGGGAUUAAUAAACCCAUGGCUGGCCUUGGAUCCGCCGACUCAAGCUCAUGGGGCUUGGGCUCCGGGGCUGAAAUAUUCCUGUGUAGACAUUCAGACCCAGGCUGGAGCCUGAGCUCUAGGAUCCUACGCAGCAAUUUUUAGCCCCACAGUCCAAGUUCUGCAACCCCGAGUCAGAUGACCCAGGCCUGCCGAAGCCAUGCCACAGGGCUUUUAUCCCCGUGUAGACAUACCCGAAGAGACUGGGACUCAUGACACCCGGGUUAUAUUCCUCAGAGCUUCUGUGUGACCUCUGGCCAGUCACUUCCCCUCUCUGUACAAUCUGAAAAAGGAGGAUGAUGAUACUGACCCAGCUUGAUAAAUCACUUUGAGAUCUACAGCUAAGUUGUAUUGUUAUCUCGAUCUACAGGGUAGCCAGGCACAGAGCAGGGAAGAAUACCUGAAGAAUGCAGUUGGGUGGGAAAUGGGUUUCCCAUCCUGCAAGACUUUUCAAGAUUUUGAAAGAGACAAAGAAGGUGAGGUAUCAUUUUUUAUUGGACCAACUUCUGUUGGUGGAUGGGACAAGCUUUUCUGCUUCACAGAGCUCUUCCUCUGGUCUGGAGAAGAGAACCAUAGUGUCCAAGAUCAGUACAAGGUGGGACAGAUUGUUAUGCAUAAGGGGAUCACAUGUAUUGUAGGUUUCAGACUACAGCUGAAGUGGGCAAUUAACAUGAAGUGGGCGAUUAACACUCUGCAGAAUAGGCAUCAGGGCCCAUUGACUCCAAAGGAGCUACAGCCAAUUUACACCUGCUGGGCGACCAAUGUGAAUUAAAUAUUUUUUUAAAAGUCAUGCAGCAUUGCAUCUGCAGCCCAUUGAGCUUUUUAGUUUAGUGCUGUCUGUAGUAAGAGAAAAAUAAUGUAAUGGCUGAGAAAGAAAGAAAGAAAGAAAGAAAGAAAGAAAGAAAGAAAGAAAGAAAGAAAGAAAGAAAGAAAGAAAGAAAGAAAGAAAGAAAGAAAGAAAGAAAUUGAUUGAUUCUGGGCCGUUCAUCCCAACAGAAGUUGAAGAUGAGAUACUUGAAAACUGUGGAACACUGAAUUCCUCCAAAGUUCUAUCCCUAGUAGGACUGAACCAUUCUCUGUCACCAGUAAAAGUUACACUUGUAAUUAAACCCAUGGGGCAAAGAGCUAAGAAAGUGUAGACUGGUUCAGAACUUUUGAAUCAGCUUCGGAUCACAUUGGCAGGCAAAAAAUAUGGAUUUAUAACUGUGUAAUGGGCGAGAUCCCCAGCUGAUGUAAAUUGACAUCACUCGAUGGAAAUCAAAGGCCCAGAUUCCCUGUUGGAGUAAAUAAUCCAAACUACCAUGAACUCAAUGGAAGAGUAACAAUUUACACAAGCUCAUGACCUGGCCCUUAGUUUUUAGUCUUCACCUCUGGGUACCUCUUGGUGACUGACUUCAAUCAGACAAGGCAGCCUGAGCUGUGGGUUCCUGUAGCAGAGGCAUCCCAAGAGCUGCUGAUACAAUGCAGAAGGAAAAAAAAACUCUGCUCCCCCAUAAAUGAUUAUGUGAUGUUAAUGAAGGAACAGGCUAUUCCAGGCCAGCUGAGAUUCUGGUGCGACAAGGCUCUUUGCUAUUGUAGAUCAUGUGUCUGUGUUCGAAAUCCCUGUUUUAUUCUACAGACACCUUGGGACUUUCUUUGGGCCUCUGCCCUGCCUUGUUUUUAGCCAAGGGUCCUUCCAGGGAUGCCGCCAUCAUGUGAGAUAAAGGGAGGGUACUAUUCUGCCUCUGUGGGGUUAGAGUUGGACAGGUUAUCAGGGUGGUUUGCUCCAGAGGUGAGAUCAGAGCUGGGCGUAAAGCCUUGGAGACCGGAUUCAACUAUUUAGCCCCAGUGUAGGGACAUCCUGGGCUGUGACAAUAUCUGAACCCUACACAAGACAGGAUCAGCUCUAAAGCUGGGGGGAGUUUUCAGUCUCUGAUCCCAUUCAGUCCUUCGUCUCUCAGCCAAGCCUGUCCAAGGAGGGGAGCAGGGAGCACCCCUCUGUGGAGUGGAUCCCUGUCUACUAGGAACUGCAGAGAGACUCAGGAAAUCCAGCGAAGGGACAUGGAAACUGCUGCUGGAUAAUACAGUGAUGGGGGCAUGAGAGAUAUGACCAAAGAAUCCUGGCGCUGGAGGAUCAAAAGAAUUGCAUGUUGGGAAAAAUUCCACAAAGCCCAACGGACUAAAUUUUUGCUUUCAAUUCUACAUGUGAAGAUAUUAAUAUACAGACAAAUUUAAUAAUAGAUAUAUGAAUUGUAAUUGGAACUUUUAAAGACUUUUAUUAUCAAACAUCUAGAGCCUGUCAGAUUUCUUUUCAGCAGAAUGUAAGAAUCUAAAUAUAAGUUACAAUUUGAACUCUAAGGUUUUAACUCUCAGUCUAGUCAGACAUCUAGAUCCAGUCAGAGAAAAAGAAGGUAGACAAUGACUUUGUAUCAGAAAUCAGAAAUGUUUGCAGGGUUUGGCAACCAAAAACUAAUUUAUUUUCAGCUAAAAACUACUGUAAACUGGAAAUUACACGUUGCAAACCAAAGAAUUUUGGGAUUUGCAGAUUUCAAAAAAACAAAACAAAAUAUCUGAGUAUAGGAGAUACUUUCCCUGAACAUUUUUGUUUAGUUCAAAAACUCAUUUUCCUACAAAAAACUCAUUUUCCUACUACUACAAAAAAAUCUAAAUUUCCAAACAUCUCUAAUUUGGAAUGGAGCUUUACACAAGAGAGGGGAACACUAAUACUGUUCAAUAAUACCAUAAUUUCAAAACCAUUUUUUCUCUUGAAACUGGGUUUGUUUCUGUAUCAAAGUGAUAAUUACUGGAAGGUAAAAAUUGAAUAAGCAGCAGAGCUGAUCGCCACAGUUGAUAUGUUAUGUACACUAACACCUUUAGACUCAGAGUUGAACCACCAGUUAAAGCCAGUGUAUCUCAAUGUUGCCAAAGGAUAUACAGGAGGUAAAUGGGACUAGAACUCAUAUUUCCAGGCCUUGGAAGUUAACAAGAUAGACACAGGACCAGGAUUACAAAGGGUUUAAGUACCUAAAGAAGGAGAAAGGUGCCUUUUCGGAUUUACAAUAGCAUCUGAGCAGGUUAGGUGCUAUCUUUUAAUCCUGGCCCACAGAUAAUACAGAAGCUUGGCUGGAAUCAGGGAACCCUGGUGGAGAUUGUACACCCUGUGUUAUGCUAGGGUCAGACUAGAGGAUCAGAAUGGCCCUUUUGGUGUUAUCACCUUUAUUUCUGUGCCCUUGCCUCUGAAUCUCUGCUUCUGAGCUGUGCAGGGCUUUAGGGGUGAGUCCUGCUAGCCCUCAGGAAAUAGACAUGGAUAAAUCACCUUCCCGCAGCAUUAGGCCUUUAAUGCCAGUGCAGCUCAAAGCCAGCUACUCACAGCUUGUCUGCAGAGAGCAACCAGUUUGAGUCUAGUUUAAUCGCAAAAUGAGGGUGAAAGGAUUCUCAGAUACCUGUGCCAUUAGCUUCUAGAUUCUGGUAUAUAGAUAGAUAUUGACCAAAAAUCCUAGUGCUGGAUGACUGAAUGUGUCUUCUGUUGGGAAAAAAUCCACAAAGACUAACACAGGAAAUUUGCUAUUUCAGUUAAAUGUGUUAGGGGAUCAACAUACAGGGAAGAAUUAAGAUGAUAAAUAUGAAUUACAAUAUGAACUGGUUAAGACCUUUACUAUCAGUUUAAUCAAAUAUCUACUGCUGAUUGGAAUUUUUCCUCCCAUCAGGAAAAUUUUUACCUUUCACUGAACACCCUAAAUCCAUCCCCCCUCCCCUCACCCAGUUUUUGGCAAAUGAAAACUUUCUGCUGAAAACUGAUUUUUUUUUUAUUCCAAACCCAAUAUAGUUUGGUUAUAUAAGUUUUCAUUUUUUUUACAAAACAAUCCCAAAAUGUUUGAGAAAAGCAGACAGAUUCUGAGAUGUGUUAUUAUUUAGCUUAAAAACCAAUCUCCAUUAAAAAGAACACAGCUGAAAAUAUCCAACCAGCCUGUAUGCACAGAGCUUGGGGUAGAAAAAUUACAGAUGAGCUGCUAUUUAUGAUGCUGGGUGAGUAGACAUCAUAUUGUCCUGCAAAGUGAGAAUCAAGCUGUGUUAGCAUUUUAGUUUACCAGUUUCAUAUACAAGUUGAGAGAAUUGUUGGGUUUGGAGUGUGCUUUGUUCCAUCCUUCAUAUUGCAUUUUAUCAAGCCACACCUUGGGCCAAAUCCUCAGAUGAGAUAAAGUGACAAUGCUCCAUUGACUUUAAAGGAGCUGACCUAAUUUACACUAAUAUGGUAACGUGACUCAUUGAUUGUCAGAGGCGAGGAGCACUAACAACACCUACUCAUUGUAAGUGAUGAGUUCUGUGCACCUUUGACAUUCAUAUAAUGAGAUAUUAGGGAAAGGGGAAUCAGGGCCAUUCCCUCUGUUGCUCUAAUCCUGACCAUUGUCCUUCUCAUUCCCUCCACAGACAUCACACUGCUGAAGAAAAUGUCCAACCAAACUGCCAUGACCGAGUUCCUUCUCCUGGGAUUCUCUGACAGUCGGGAGCUGCAGAUUUUACACUUUGUGGUGUUUCUAGUGCUUUACCUGAUAUCCCUGCUGGGGAACCUUCUCAUCAUCACAGCCAUAGCCCUUGACUGCCACCUUCACACCCCCAUGUACUUCUUCCUGAUGAAUCUGUCCAUCCUAGACCUCGGCUCCAUCUCUGUCACCAUCCCCAAAUCCAUGGCCAAUUCCAUCACGAACACCAGAUCGAUUUCUUUUUCUGGAUGUGUUGCCCAAGUCUUUCUCGUCUUCUUCUUCGCUUCAGCAGAUUUUGCCUUACUGACCAUCAUGGCGUACGACCGAUACGUCGCCAUCUGUCAACCACUGCACUAUGAGACAGUGAUGAACAGGACAGCUUGUGUCCAAAUGGCAGCCAGUGCCUGGAUCACUGGUAUUCUCUACUCUGCACUGCACACUGGGAUCACAUUUGAAAUCUCCUUCUGUGGAGGCAACGUGGUGGAUCAGUUCUUUUGUGAAAUCCCCCAGCUCCUCAAUCUCGCCUGCUCUGACUUAUACCUCAUUGAAGUUGGGUUUCUCAUCUUUAGUUCAUUCUUAGGCUUAAGCUGCUUUGUUUUUAUAAUUGUGUCGUAUGUUCAGAUCUUCAAAACAGUGCUGAGAAUACCCUCUGAGCAGGGCGGGCAUAAAGCCUUCUCCACCUGCCUCCCUCACCUCACCGUGGUGUCCUUGUUCUAUUGUACUGCUGCCUUUGCCUACCUGAAACCCACCUCCAGCUCAACCUCAGGUCUGAAUCUCAUAGUGGCUGUUCUCUAUUCUGUGCUGCCACCAAUGAUGAAUCCGAUCAUCUACAGCAUGAGAAACAAAGAGAUCAAAGGUGCACUGAGUAAACAGAUAGGUUGGAGGUUAUUCACUAAGAACAAAAUGUCCAUAUUUCUCCUUUGGUAGCAAUUUCAUUCUGUAUUUCUUUAUAAAUAUAAUCAUCUGAUGACAUUAUUGUCUCCAUGAGAAAAUACUGUGCAAUCUGUUUAUGCAGAAUUGGGUAUUUGCACUAGUAAAGAUACAGACAAACAGGACUCAAGAAAAAAAGGAGUUUGUAUAGGUUUACACCAAUGUAAAUAAGAUUGGAAUAUAUCUAUCAUAUACUGCUACCAAUCACCAUACUAC